AUGCGAGCAUGUACGGCACAUUUCUGUGCGGAAAACUGAGAAGAAACAUAGGAAUCGCGUGUAUUUACGUUCGAAACUCACGUGCCUGCAGUCUCUCCAUUUAAUUAGAAGCGAUAGACGAGAAUGGAAUUCGCAUCCUGUUGCGCGUCUCACUUAGAUCAUCGUUAUUGAUUAAUUUGUACUAAUCAAAGACCGAUCACCCAGCGGUUUUAUAAUCUUGCGUUCAUCGACAAACCUAGUCUCUCAAAUUGAUUAGAUCCGAUGACUCAAACUUAGUUAAUAGCCGACCGUACAAGUCGUAACAAGUGUAUGACCAGCAUAGUACAUUCAUGGCGUGUUACUACAACAAGUCCACGCAAGUCCAUUGGUAAUCUAAUUUGGUACUGGAAGGUUGCAAGGUUACUUUCACCCAGGCGAGGGGGAAAAAAAAAGAGUGCCAAUAUGCGGGAGAAACGAUGGCUGCUGCUGCUCGCUCUGUACGGAAUACUAUUGGCCCACGCCGUCUCCGCAGCACUCAAGACUAGGCCAAAAUUUAAAAUUGCGACAACUUCCACAACAACGACCACCACCUCCACCACCGAGGAGCCUCACGUGGAAGAAAAUGAUCAGGCAAAUUCGGAGACGACAACGGUCGCGACAGAAACCAACGGGACGACUGGGCACACCUUGACAGGAAUUCCACAGAUCGAUUACAUAUGGGAUCCGAAUCUACCGCGCGAGUUAAAUGGCUAUAAUCUCAGUGAUUAUCCAUUCUAUAAUAGUAUACCCGAGGAUAUUGAUUUCAAAUGCGACGGCUUACACGACGGAUUCUACGCCAGCGUGCCGCACAAGUGCCAGGUCUACCAUCACUGUCUCUUCGGCACUCGCUACGACUUCCUAUGCGCCAAUUUCACGGCGUUCGACCAGAAGACCUUCAUCUGUCACUUCGUGUCCGAGGUCGACUGCGCCAACUCCAAGAAGUAUUGGCACAGGAACGACGCCCUUUACCAAGCUGCUACGACUACGACGACUACCACGACCACCGUGGCGCCGAUCACUGCGCCGACCAGUCGACCGGCCGCACGCGAUCGGAUUCCACCCAGAAGGAGACCUCCAGCGAGAAGAAGACCUUACGAUUAUUACGAGGAAGAUUAUUACGACGACGACUAUGGUCGUCCGCGGGAUUUCAUCGGCCGAGACGACUACGAGUACGACGAUCGGAAAUACAGGCGAGAUCGGGAUCGUGAGUUCAGAGACCGGGACCGUGAUCGUGACUUCCGGGACAGGGAUCCGCCGGCGCGCGGUAGAGACGACAGGGACAGAUACCCGGCAAGAGGAAAUAGGAGAGAUCCACCCAGACCGAGGGACCCGCUGGAGGAUGAUUUGAGACCUCGGGGAAGGAAUCCGGAUCAAGGUGUCAGAUCUACGACGAGGGAGGUGGAAGAUUCAGAUGUGUACGAUAGACGGCCGGAGUCGAGAAACAGGGAUACCGAUGAACGAAGAUACUCCGAUAAGAGAUAUAGAGAUGAUUACGACGAUAAAGAGUCUACAGCACCUUCGGCGAGUGCAUCAUCCAAUGCGGAGGGCCUGGUGAAGCCGGCUGCACCUAGCAGUUCGGUUUAUUCGAGGCCAAGAGCGCCACCGAAAAUUAGACGACCGGUGCCACUUUCGGAGCAAGAUAAAUACGCGUACAAAACCACCCCUGCGCAGCCGACAGAGGAGCCACGACGGCGACCAGUAGAUUUGGCAGAGGACGAUUACUACGAUGACGAGUUAGAGGAUACCAGACCGAGCAGGAGGCCGCUCAGAAGAAGACCCUCAUACAGGGACAGAGACAGAGACAGAGAUUUGUAUGAAACUCGGGAUCGGGAUCGUCCCCUCAGAACUCGUUAUCACUCACCGCCGGAAGAGGUACGACUCAGAACGUAUCAGGAUCGCUCGAGGGAUCGUUAUCACGAUCGCGACAGGGACCGAAAUAGAGACCGAGCUCUCGAGCGUGGAAAAGAUCGCAAUCCCGAGAGAUCCUCAGAUCGCGAUUCACGUGGAAGAUCGCAAGAUUCCGAUAGACAGGAGCGACCGUACUCGCCUCGGCUUCUCGACCGCGAGAGAGACGCCGAGCGACCGCGAUCCUCCUCGAGAUCGAAGGAUCUAUCGGAUGCUACUGAAGCACCCAGGAGACCCAACUCGUACGAUCGAACAACCGAGAAAACCACCACUACAACUACCACAACAACUACGACGACAUGCUUACCAGAACAGCUUAUUCGUAAGCCCGAAGACGACUCUAAAGACACGGUGACUGAUCGAUCGGAAAAGCCGUCUUAUCCGGAACGACCAGCCAGACCCGUUUCGACUCAAAGUAGUCGUGUAGUGAGCGACACUCCGGAUUAUCACAGAAAUUUGUCCGAUAAAUCCCAGAGAACAUCUCAGCAAGUGGAUUACCAAGAUAGAGACCUGGAAGGUAGAAACGAACAGAGUCAUCAUCAAGUCGCGUAUCCGGAUGAGUACUCUUCCGAGUAUUACGACGAACCGUUGGAAGAGCCACCGUCUCCUCCUCCACCUCGAACCACCGUUCGCAUCGUGAAAAGGCCGUUCCUACCGUCUCGAGGCGGUAAUCCCAAUCCGAGGGGAUUAUCACCGGUCGGCUCUAAAGCGCCGCAUUCGCCCAGAAGAGACGAAGAAACAACGACCGACCACCGAAGCACUUUAGGCGAAAACGAAUACAGGAGUUACUACGUACAAGAAGAACAAGAAGAUAAUAGAAACGUUAAUCAUCAGGAGCCGCCCCUGAGAGCGGACAAUAAGCAAACGUAUGACGCUUACAAAGCCGUCCAGAGUGACCUUCAGAAGAAGCAACGCCAAGACGAGUACGAUAGCGUGAUAUCCAGACCGGCGCCACGAAAACCGAUAGAGAAGGACAACGAGGAGGAAGUCUCGAGAGGCCCGGAAGAUUUAUCGAACUCCUCCAGAGGAUACUCCACUCAGAAUCAAUCGUAUGAUUUGCGCAACCAUCAAAUCGAGAAUCAACCGCCUAAAUGGAUAGAGAAUUACUCGAGCGAGAAGCACGCGAAUGUCGGCAACGUGCAGACAUCCUCGGGUUCUCCGAUCCGCAGCAAGGUGAGACUUCCCUCCGUCGAGACCACGUCGAACAUCUACAGCUCGACGUACAGGAACGAGGACAUUCAGGAUCUACCGUCGGGACCGGGCAGCUACAGAGCGAAGCAGAGGAUCAACGAAGUGACCCUUCAGGAUAUCCCCGAGAGCGAGUACGACGUUACUCUGAAUGACGCCCUGACGCCGACCUUGGUUCAGGAAGCCAAUUUGCCGAGCGGAUUCGUCCUGCCACUUCACAGACAGCUGAGUAGAGACACCGUGUUGCAGCCUUCCGAAAACAAUUACAAGCUCUCCCGGCCGAUCAGUCAGCAACAGCAGCAGCAGCAGCAGCAACAGCAACAGCAACAGCAGCAGCAACAUCAGCAUCAACAAAAAUCGUUCGUUCCGAGUCCUCAGUUCCUGCCGACGAACAUCGGCAAUAACGAUCGGAGCCGAACGGUGUAUUACAGAACGCCGGAGGCUAUACAGGUCAGCGGAGCGCAAUACAGACACCAGAGACCAUGGCAAGAUUACACGGCGUACUAACAGAGAUAUAUAUACAUCGUGAUGUACGUGAUUGCGAGUGUUAUACGAGGAAGCGUUUGAGGUUUCACGAGGCCGUACCAUCUUGCCUCGCGAGCGUUAAACGACUAAUUUAUAUACUGCCACCAAUCGACUUGGGAAAGACACUUUCAUGGAAGAGAAACACCGCGCUCUUUUAUGAAACUGGCUUUCCGCGAACGGACCCAUCGCGUUCGACCCUUAGCCCCGUUGCGAUCAGAUCAUCGAGUGUCUUUCAUUCCAAAGAACGCGCGACGCACCCGUCGCGCCGCUCUGAGGGUAGAAAAUAAUCUGCAGACGAUUCAGUUAGGUAUUAAUAGCUCGCGUGGUUUCGAGACGAUGUAAAUUAUUGCAAAUUAGAAAAGGGACGAGAGAUUAUAUAUUGUCAAUCGCGAAGUGGCGCUAUGCCAUAUACCUUUGAAAAAGAAAUCACAAUCCGAUAGUCAAACACAGAGAACAAUGCGAUAUUAAUCAUCCUAACACACACACACAUACACACACACACACGCUCAUCGAUACUCAUUAUUAUCCACACGUACCGCGAUGAAAAGCAAAGGCAGGAUUAAUGUUCAACGAUAACGCCGAUCAUAGAUAAUUCGUUCUGAGAUCUUCGCUAGAGAAAUUGUGAAUGACUACACAUAGAUCCACUUAAAAUAAUGUAGCAUUAUAGAGAUGCAAUAGCAUAUGUCAUACAGUAAACUCGUUUCCUCUGAGCUGGCAACGUGAUGCAAUAUAAUAGAGCUUAAAACGUGAUACAUUCUAAUAACAAUUUAAUUUGCGAUAUUAAUACGUGUCAUCCACAUUAGCCGAAAUCGUCACUGAAGUUUCAGAGGUGCUGAAAAGAUAUCUCCAUUUUUCUGAAUUAUACAAACAAACUUGUAAAUAACCGUGUAACUCUACAUGCUAUGCACAUUCGUUCAAGUUAAAAUGCAAUUCGAAAUAUGCGGUCCUGUAUGAAAAAGAAACUACAUGUAUACAUUAAGUUCUAUUGUCGAAUUCGAUAGCUGUUACUAGCGGAUAAGUCUUCCUGAGCGUAUAUCUUGUCUUAAAGCUAUGUCGAUAUUUACGUAUGAUAUAAAAGAGCGAGGAAAUAUACUUACUUGUUAUUCAUUGCCCCUCUUCACAUCUUGAUGGCUGUAUUACACAAACGUAGCACUUGAAAAUGUUUUUGGAGAGCAAAAUUUUUGGACUUUUAUUUUUAUUUGUACUUUAUAGUACGACAAAAAUUACACAACAAAUAUUUGCCAUUAAAAGAAAUUCAUAAAUAUUACAAGGUCGAGAAAUUCGCUAAUUGUAAAGGCAACCGAGUAAUUUCGUACUAAAGUUUAAAGCGACGAUUGUUUUGAAAUGAUCUUAAAUAAUGCUGCUACGUACACUGCUUGUUAAUGUAUACAGGGUGUUUUCGAAAGAUCUGGAAUUUAAUUGUCAUUAAAAUAAAAAAACUGUAAUACGGAAUUAAAGCUUUUUCGAAUAUA